AUGUCUGUGGCAAACAUCUGUUACAACUUACGACCAGAGUACGACUUACGACCAGAGUACAACCUACGACUAGAGUACAACCUACGACCAGAGUACAACUUACGACCAGAGUACAACUUACGACCAGAGUACAACUACGACCAGAGUACAACUUACGACCAGAGUACAACUUACGACCAGACGUUGCCCUCUGACCUUCCUUCUGCGUUGUCCUCUGACCUUCCCUCGGCGUUGCCCUCUUACCUUCCCUCGGCGUUGCCCUCUGACCUUCCUUCUGCGUUGUCCUUUGAUCUUCCCUCUGCGUUGCCCUCUUACCUUCCCUCAGCGUUGCCCUCUGACCUUCCUUCUGCGUUGUCCUCUGACCUUCCCUCGGCGUUGCCCUCUUACCUUCCCUCGGCGUUGCCCUCUGACCUUCCUUCUGCGUUGUCCUUUGAUCUUCCCUCUGCGUUGCCCUCUUACCUUCCCUCAGCGUUGCCCUCUGACCUUCCUUCUGCGUUGUCCUCUGACCUUCCCUCGGCGUUGCCCUCUUACCUUCCCUCGGCGUUGCCCUCUGACCUUCCUUCUGCGUUGUCCUUUGAUCUUCCCUCUGCGUUGCCCUCUUACCUUCCCUCAGCGUUGCCCUCUGACCUUCCUUCUGCGUUGUCCUCUGACCUUCCCUCGGCGUUGCCCUCUUACCUUCCCUCGGCGUUGCCCUCUGACCUUCCUUCUGCGUUGUCCUUUGAUCUUCCCUCUGCGUUGCCCUCUUACCUUCCCUCAGCGUUGCCCUCUGACCUUCCUUCUGCGUUGUCCUCUGACCUUCCCUCGGCGUUGCCCUCUUACCUUCCCUCGGCGUUGCCCUCUGACCUUCCUUCUGCGUUGUCCUUUGAUCUUCCCUCUGCGUUGCCCUCUUACCUUCCCUCAGCGUUGCCCUCUGAACUUCCCCUUGGCGUUGCCCUCUUACCUUCCCUCGGCGUUGCCCUCUGA